UUUGUACAUUUCUUAUGUUCUUAACAUAUGUACAUCCCCUUCAUAGCUUGGAGUUGACGAGCCCGUCCCAAUGGAGGUGGCCAUAAUGACCCUCGUCAACUUUCCGACACCCUGCAAGAACGUGAUUAAGCUCAUCGACUGGUUUGUUGGAACCAAUGAAUAUAUCAUGGUUUUGGAAAGGCCGGACCCAUGCCUGGACCUCCACGAGUUCUGCAAUACCAAAGGAGGAUUCCUAACUGAGGAAGAUGCUAAGCAUGUGCUGGUGCAGGUUCUCCGUGCUUUGCGUCACUGCCAGGAGUCUAACGUCCUGCAUCGAGACCUGAAGCCGGAGAACCUGUUGAUCAAAACAGACACUCUGGACGUCACACUCAUUGAUUUUGGAUGUGGAGACGUCUGGAUGGAUGACUCCUACAGGGAAUUUGCAGGGACAAAUGCCUACGCUCCCCCAGAGUGGUUCCGCAAACGGAAGUACAGAGCUGGCCCCGCCACGGUCUGGUCGGUGGGGGUGACGCUCUUUGAGAUGGUGUGCGGCUACCUCCCCUUCCGCAGCAAGACGGCAAUUGUUUCCGGCCACUUUAAAUUCCCACCAUGGGUCUCUCCAAAACCUUUGGAGGAGCUUUAUCACAAGGGGAAGCUCCUCGGCCAGGGUGGUUUUGGAGCUGUCUAUGCCGGAAGUCGGAAGAGCGAUGGCCUCCCAGUGGCCAUAAAGUAUGCCAGAAAGGGUGGCAUGCAGAUAGAAAUGGUAAGUGUCCUCAGCCAUGGAGCUGGGUUUCUUUAG